AUGGAUCUGAGAAUUGGCUCAACUCACUGUCUCAAUAUUUCAGUCCUUUCAAAAGCCUCAAAUUAUUUGUACUUUGUUACGAACUGGAAUGGUCAUGAAUUGUAUGGUGUCUUGGGUGAUGGAUUACCCCCGCUACAAAAUACUUAUUUGAGUAAAAAGAAUGGCGGCACGCCAGCCGCAUUAAGCAGCAUUUCUGGGUUUGACCUAUAUAGCUCACCGGAUAAAAGUGCUGGAAGCAGCCCCUUGAAACAGCGACCGAACGCCAAAAGGUCAAACAGAAGCUCAUCAGUUUGUCCAGUCAACGGGUUUCCUGAAACUAAGCUGACAGGAAGAAAAAGUUUGGUUGGAGCUAUAGGCCGACCACCAAGCGCCUCAACCAGUGACGUGCAGCCUGUUGGUGGCGAUUUGCAAGAUGAGGAAAGAUCUCAGUCGCCGGUAUCAUGGUUCACCUCUGGGACUAAUGAUCCAAUUUCUGUGCUUGCCUCAAUCGGAACUGGCGCGGUUCAGCUGCGUGAAUGUGUUUCGUCCGCAAUGUAUUCUUGUCCGGUGGCAGGUUGUGGGCAUCGCUAUGAAGCGCAGUCGUCCUUGGCCGUGCACUAUCAUAGUCAUUUUGUGAAGGAAGGAAGAGGAAGAGCAAUUUUCGUCGAAACUAUGGGUUCUCAGACAGACCCAGUACUGACAAAGGACGUUGGGCUCGAUCCGGUCCAGGAAUUGGCAGACUCAUGGGAUAAAGCAGUUUCGGAGGCGAAAAUUGUUAAAAGCGAUGAGAAAAAUUCGCAUCCAGCGUCGCCACGACCAAAAUUAUCGAAAACACUUACCAAUCAUGAGGAACAAAGCAUCAACGAGCUGUUCAAGGUGGUUGCGCAAAAGACCGAAACAAGCAGUAGCAUUGGUAAAACUGAAGAAAAGAAGCAAGUGAUCACUGAUACGCCGAGAAUUAGCAGCAAAACCUUUGGUGCCUUGCUAGCCGACGCAGACGAUGAAGCUGUGAAGGAUGUACCGUCAACUGCUCUGGAUGCCAUCCGCAAAAUGGUGACAGAUAACGAAACCGAAAUAGCAGGCACACAUGAACAGCAAUCAGCAGCAGUCAUCACCACAGCUCCGGCAUCGAGUACUGCUGCUGCUGCUGCAUCACUUGGUGGCGCCGCUUCGCCGGCGUUCUCGGAUAUAUCGGAUGAUGCGCCCACUCUUGAAAAAGAGGUCGCAGAUAGAUCGGAAGAGCGUUCGUUGGAUCGAAUCAAAGAGCUAGUAAAUAACACUGACAAGGCACCAUUGGGCCAACUCAGUUUGUCAGCAGAAAAUGAAAAAACAAGCAGCAACAUGACAAAAAGUGCACAUGGCCCCACAAAUCUGUUAUGUCCUGUGAGCGCAUCAGCUACGACCACAGUAAACACAUUGGGUGUGCCGCGAUUGUCAACUGACAUUAGCCAGAACUCUGCAUCUAAUGGUUUCGUUUUACUAGUUUUUAUGCACUUUUGCAUAUAUGCAAAUUGCAAGGACGCAUAUUGGGAAGAGGCUGUCUGUGUGUAUGUUUGUGUGUCUGUGUGUUCGCACAUUUUGUCACCCACUUUCAACUCGAAAAUCAGAAAAGCUAGAAGGCUGAAACUUCGGGAGUGUGUGCCCACACCAUGUGCGAUCCUCCCGUUUUAA